UCUGUCUCUUUAAGAGAGAGAAGGAACGAAAUCAGGAAGUGGGAGAGAGCGGAGAGCCGAGGGCUGAGUUCCUGGGGCCGCACGUAGCCGCCUGUCUUCAGGUCUCCGAGACCUGCGGCCACCAGGAUGCUUCGGGUGCGGCCAGUGCAGGACUGCAAGCCCUGAAAGUCUGGGGUGCCACGCGGUCCCACAGCCUGCCCAUCACACAGCCGAGAUGGGCUCAGCUCCUGGACUGGCCACAGGCGGAAAGCACAGCACACUCUUGCCGGCGAGAGUCUCUGCCUGAUCCGGGCUGCGCGGGGCACAGGGGUGACUGUGGAGCCCCUCAACGGGGUGGUCUCGGGCACGGCUACCGGCCAGGUCACCAGUGUCCAUCCCGGGUCAGGGGCCGCCCUGGACACCAGUGUGCUCUCUAGGGCGGAAGGUGGCAGCCAGCCGGCAGCGGGAGAUGCAGAGCACCGUCAACUACCUGUGGCAUACGGACGACCUGCUGGGGCAGGGGGCCACAGCCAGCGUGUACAAGGCCCGCAACAAGAAAUCCGGGGAGCUGGUUGCUGUGAAGGUCUUCAACACGGCCAGCUACCUGCGGCCCCGCGAGGUGCAGGUGAGGGAGUUUGAGGUCCUGCGGAAGCUGAACCAUCAGAACAUCAUCAAGCUCUUCGCGGUGGAGGAGACGGGGGCUGGCCGGCAGAAGGUGCUGGUCAUGGAGUACUGCUCGAGCGGGAGCCUGCUGAGCGUGCUGGAGAGCCCCGAGAACGCCUUCGGGCUGCCCGAGGACGAGUUCCUGGUGGUGCUGCGCUGCGUGGUGGCCGGCAUGAACCACCUGCGGGAGAACGGCAUCGUGCACCGCGACAUCAAGCCCGGGAACAUCAUGCGCCUGCUGGGUGAGGAGGGCCAGAGCAUCUACAAGCUGACGGACUUCGGGGCCGCCCGCGAGCUGGACGAUGACGAGAAGUUCGUCUCGGUCUACGGCACCGAGGAGUACCUGCACCCUGACAUGUACGAGAGGGCGGUGCUUCGCAAGCCCCAGCAGAAAGUUUUUGGGGUGACCGUGGAUCUCUGGAGCAUCGGGGUGACCCUGUACCACGCAGCCACUGGUAGCCUGCCCUUCGUCCCAUUUGGCGGGCCCCGGCGCAACAAGGAGAUCAUGUACCGCAUCACCACGGAGAAGCCAGCCGGGGCCAUUGCGGGCACGCAGAGGCGGGAGAACGGGCCCCUGGAGUGGAGCUACACCCUGCCCAUCACUUGCCAGCUGUCCAUGGGUUUGCAGAACCAGCUGGUGCCCAUCCUGGCCAACAUCCUGGAGGCAGAGCAGGCCAAGUGCUGGGGCUUCGACCAGUUCUUCGCGGAGACCAGCGACAUCCUGCAGCGAGGCGUGGUCCACGUCUUCUCCCUGCCCCAGGCCGUCCUGCACCGCGUCUACGUCCACGCGCACAACACGAUAGCCAUCUUCCUGGAGGCCGUGUACGAGCAGACCAGCGUGGCCCCCCAGCACCAGGAGUACCUCUUUGAGGGUCACCUGUGUGUCCUCGAGCCCGGCCUCUCUGCUCAGCACAUCGCCCACACAACAGCAAGCAGCCCCCUGACCCUGUUCAGCAUGGCCAGCGAGCCCCCCAAGGGGCUGGCCUUCAGGGACCCUGCUCUGGACGUUCCCAAGUUUGUCCCCAAAGUGGACCUGCAGGCAGAUUACAGCACAGCUAAGGGCAUCUUGGGUGCCGGCUACCAGGCCCUGCGGCUGGCACGGACUCUGCUGGGGGGACAGGAGCUGAUGAUUCGGGGGCUGCACUGGUUCGUGGAGAUGCUCCAGGCCACGUGCAGGCGGACGCUGGAGGUCACGAGGAUGGCUCUCCUCUUCCUCAGCAGCAGCCUCGGCACUGAGAGGUUUAGCGGUGUGGCCGGGGUGCCUGAGCUCCAGGAACUGAAGAGGACCACAGAGCUGAGGUCCAGGCUGCGGAAUUUGGCUGAGGUCCUCUCCAGAUGCUCCCACAAUAUCACAGAAACGCAGAAGACCCUGAGCGACCUGCGCUCUGAGCUGGUGAAGAACCGGGAUCAGGUACAUGAGGACAGAAGCAUCCAGCAGAUUCAGUGUUGUUUAGACAAGAUGUACCUCACCUACAAACAGUUCAAGAAAUCCAGAAUGAGGCCAGGGCUGGGCUACAACGAGGAGCAGAUUCACAAGCUGGAUAAGAUGAAUUUUAGUCAUUUAGCCAAAAGGCUCUUGCAAGUGUUCCAGGAGGAGUGUGUGCAGAAGUACCAGGCGUCCCUGGUCACACACGGCAAGCGAAUGAGGCUGGUGCAUGAGACCAGGAACCACCUGCGUCUGCUGGGCUGCUCCGUGGCCGCCUGUAACGCGGAAGCCCAGGGAGCCCAGGAGAGCCUCAGCAAGAUCCUUGACCGACUGUCUCACCAGCUCCUGCAGGACAGAACACAGGGGGCUCCGGCCUCCCCACCCCCCACAGCUCCUUAUCCCAGCUCUGCGCUGAAAGACCUGGUUCUCCACAUGCAGGAGCUCUACGGGGAGAUGAAGGUGCUGGCGUCUGACCUGCAGGACAACAACCGCAUCAUUGAAGGGCUGAGCAGGGUCCCACUGGCUCCUGACAUCUGAGCUUGGGGAUAUGCUCGUGGAUCCUGAAGCAUUACGGUCGUUCAAGCACUGCCCCGCUGCCCGCACUGGGGACCCACAGGACAGUGCCGGGUCCACCUCACCAGCCUACCUCCCUCCUGGCUGACAGCCGGGAGUCGCCAGCAUUACCUUCCGCGGCCUUUCUGGGGGGAAGCGCAGCAGGCCCGGGAGCACCGGCCGGAUCCCGGGCUGACCUGCGCCCCUUCCGGGCCUGGCCCGGCCCCUCUGUCUUCCUUGCUGCGCAGUGAACCUGCUGGACCUCGGGGGCCGAGGCGCCCCUCCCUCCCUCCCCCGCCCCGGUUUGCAGGGCUUCAGUCCUCAGGGAACAGCAGAGGGGGCCUCCCGGGGGCUCCCCAGCGUGCUGGGGCAGGCGACUCCAGCCCCGUCUUCCUUCCUCUUCAGGUGUUUCGUGUUGAACAAACAGACCUCUCCCUUCGCCCAUGGCUGCUGAGGGUCACCGUCGAGGUCUCGGGCUUGACCGCCCAAUGUCCCAUCCCCUCUGGUCAGACUGAGCCUAAGCUGAGGAGCAGGGUGGUCAAGGCCGGGGCCUGUGUCUCGGGGACCUCCCCCCCCCCCUCUGGGGCACCACCAGAUUUGGGGGUUCGCAGGCAGACACCAGUAGCUGUGCCAGUUAGCACCAGCCCGUGAGGCCGGAGCCCCGAGGAAGUCAAGGCCUGCAGCUUUCAGAAAUGAAAUAAACAGGACUCUUUUCUGGG